UCCAUAGUUUACUAAUUCAUUAGUAUGUUGAAGUUUGUGAUUUUAUUGUCGGUCGUUGCUUGUGCUUUGGGUGCUGCCGUGCCUGAGGGUAUGCUGCCUCAAUUGGAUGGUCGCAUUGUUGGCGGUGCUGCUACCACCAUCAGCUCCUUCCCUUGGCAAAUCUCCCUCCAUCGUAGUGGCUCUCAUUCUUGCGGUGGUUCCAUCUACAACUCAAAGAUUAUUGUGACUGCUGCCCAUUGCUUGCAAUCCGUUUCUGCCUCCGUCUUGAAAGUCCGCGCUGGUUCUACCUACUGGAACUCCGGUGGUGUUUUGGUCAAUGUUGCUGCUUUCAAAACCCACGAAGGUUACAACUCUCGCACCAUGGUCAACGAUAUUGCCGUCAUCCGUUUAAGCUCUUCCUUGACUAUGUCCUCUACCAUUAAGCCUAUUGAGUUGGCUACUAUUGCUCCCCCUACUGGUGCCGCUGCUUCCGUUUCUGGUUGGGGUACCACUUCAUCUGGCGCUUAUGGCAUCCCUAGUGAAUUGAGGUACGUCGAUGUUGAAAUUCUUAGCACCUCCGCUUGCGCUUCCUCCACUUACGGUUAUGGCUCCGAAAUCAAACCCAGCAUGAUCUGCGCCUACACUGUCGGCAAAGACGCUUGCCAAGGUGAUUCUGGUGGUCCAUUGGUAUCUGGUGGACGUUUGGUUGGUGUUGUCUCUUGGGGUUAUGGUUGCGCUUUUACUAACUACCCUGGUGUCUACGCUGAUGUUGCCGUUCUCCACUCCUGGGUUGAGAACACAGCUGCCACUUUUAGUAUGUUGAAGUUUGUGAUUUUAUUGUCGGCCAUUGCUUGUGCUUUGGGUGCUGCCGUGCCUGAGGGUAUGCUGCCUCAAUUGGAUGGUCGCAUUGUUGGCGGUGAAGCUACCUCCAUCAGCUAUGUCCCUUGGCAAAUCUCUCUCCAACGUAGUGGCUCUCACUCUUGCGGUGGUUCCAUCUACAACUCAAAGAUUAUUGUGACUGCUGCCCAUUGCUUGCAAUCCGUCUCUGCCUCUGUAUUGAAGAUUCGUGCUGGUUCUUCCUACUGGAAUUCAGGUGGUGUUGUUGUCAGUGUUGCUGCUUUCAAAAACCACGAAGGUUACAAUCCUCGCACCAUGGUUAACGAUAUUGCCGUCAUCCGUUUGAGCUCCUCCUUGACUAUGUCCUCCACCAUUAGACCUAUCGAUUUGGCUACUUCUGCUCCUCCUACCGGCGCUGCUGCUUCUGUUUCUGGCUGGGGUACCACCUCUUCUGGCGGUUACGGCAUCCCUACUCAAUUGAGAUAUGUCGAUGUUGAAAUUCUUAGCACCUCCUCCUGCGCAUCCUCCACUUAUGGUUAUGGCUCCGAAAUUCAACCCAGCAUGAUCUGCGCCUACACUGUCGGCAAAGAUGCUUGCCAAGGUGACUCUGGUGGCCCAUUGGUAUCUGCUGGACGUUUGGUUGGUGUUGUCUCCUGGGGCUAUGGUUGCGCUUUUGCCAACUACCCUGGUGUCUAUGCUGAUGUUGCCGUUCUCCGCACCUGGGUUGUAAACACUGCUUCCACUUUGAUUAGUAUGUUGAAGUUUGUGAUUUUAUUGUCCGCCAUUGCUUGUGCUUUGGGUGCUGCCGUGCCUGAGGGUAUGCUCCCUCAAUUGGAUGGUCGCAUUGUUGGCGGUGAAGCUACCACCAUUAGCUCCUUCCCUUGGCAAAUCUCCCUCCAACGUAGUGGUUCUCACUCUUGCGGUGGUUCCAUCUACAGCUCCAACAUCAUUGUGACUGCUGCUCACUGCUUGCAAUCCGUAUCUGCCUCUGUAUUGAAGAUUCGUGCUGGUUCUACCUACUGGAACUCCGGUGGUGUUUUGGUCAGUGUUGCUGCUUUCAAAACCCACGAAGGUUACAACUCUCGCACCAUGGUCAACGAUAUUGCCGUCAUCCGUUUGAGCUCUUCCUUGACUAUGUCCUCUACCAUUAAAGCUAUAGAGUUGGCUACUACUACUCCCCCUAAUGGUGCUGCUGCUUCCGUUUCUGGCUGGGGUACUACUUCAUCUGGCGCUUACGGCAUCCCUACUCAAUUGAGAUGCAUCGAUGUUGAAAUUCUCAGCAACUCCAUCUGCGCUUCCCCCACUUACGGUUAUGGUGCCGAAAUCAAACCAAGCAUGAUCUGUGCCUACACUUUCGGCAGAGAUGCUUGCCAAGGUGACUCUGGUGGCCCUUUGGUCUCUGGUGGACGUUUGGUUGGUGUUGUCUCUUGGGGCUAUGGUUGUGCCGCUGCUAACUACCCUGGUGUGUACGCUGAUGUUGCCGUUCUCCACUCCUGGGUUGAGACCACAGCUUCCACUUUGUAAAUUUCGAUGUUUAAUAAAAAUUAUUUAAAAAUUUAGAAA